AUGGACUUCAACAGCUUGAAGGACACUGUGUCCAACCUGACACUCUAUGAUGUCAAGGCUGGUGUGCGCAAGGUCCAGAAUGCCGUCAUGAAUUAUACCGAGAUGGAAGCCAAGGUCCGAGAGGCUACAAACAACGAGCCAUGGGGGGCGUCCUCGACCUUGAUGCAGGAGAUUGCCAAUGGUACUUUCCACUACCAAACACUCAACGAGAUUAUGCCCAUGAUCUAUCGGCGAUUCACGGAAAAAGCCGCCGAGGAAUGGCGGCAGAUCUACAAAGCAUUGCAGCUGCUCGAGUUUCUGAUCAAGCAUGGUUCCGAGAGAGUAAUUGAUGAUGCGCGCGGCCAUGUCACCCUCCUCAAGAUGCUCCGACAAUUCCACUUUAUCGACCAGAAUGGCAAAGACCAGGGCAUCAACGUGCGCAACCGCGCCAAAGAACUCGCAGAGCUCUUGGGUGAUGUCGAGCGCAUUCGAUCAGAGAGAAAGAAGGCCAGAGCCAACAAGGCCAAGUACACUGGAGUCGAAGGUGGUAACAUGGGCGGCUUCUCCAGCAGUAGCGGAGGUCGUUAUGGUGGCUUUGGAAGCGAGUCUGCUGGCUACGGUGGCAGCUCUUCCGCGGGAUAUGGCGGCUACACUGGCGGCGGCGUGUUCGGUGACGGCGGCGGCUUUGGUGGUCAGGAGUCUAACGAGUACAGGGAGACCACCAGAGGUAAUGACCGAUUUGAAGAGUACGACGAAUAUGAUGAGGCCGAUGCGGGUGGCAGCUCAUCGCGAACCAGGAGGCCAGAGAGAACGGAAAGGGCUGGUGUGAAGAAGACCAUUCCCUCGGCGCCACCCAAGAAAGCCAAGGAGCCAGAAGUUGACCUGUUCUCCUUUGAUGAUCCCGCGCCUGCCCAAAGCGCGCCUGUCGCACCCGCUGCAGCUACCUCGGGCGCUUCCUCAGGACUUGCUGCCUUAUCCAGCAAUGAUGACGACGAUUUCGACGACUUCCAAUCUGCCACGCCUGCUACUCAGACGUCGGCUCCUUCAAACGCCUUUUCUAUUGCCCCUCCCAUGGUAACCUCGAGUGCGCAGGGCACGGCGCAGUUCGCUGCUCCACAGCCAGUCUCUGGACCUCAGAAUGCCAAUAUCAGCAGCAUGAUGUCGGCAAUCUCGCCACCAGCAAGUGCCAACGCUACACCUGCUGCAAACUACUCUGCCUUCAGCGCUCCGACCAAUCUCAUGUCUCCUCAAGCAUCCAAGCCCACAGGAUAUCAACCAGCGCAGCCUAAUUAUUUCCAAUCCGUUCAGUCGUCCCAGCCUGCUCAGCAGGUUCAAAAGACGAACACUGGCUUCUCCAGUGGAUCUGCUGCCUCUGGAAUGUCUGCAUUCAACAAGCCGGCCGGUGCUCCAGCCGCCAAGUCUGCUGCUGCCGGUGGUGACCCUUUUGCCAACCUUUUCGCCGCAGCUGGUGGUGGUGCAAAGAAGACCACCAGCAUUGGUUCAGGCCCUAAACUGGGCCAGCUUGCAAAGGAGAAGACGAGCGCCUCUCUAUGGGGAGCCCCUGCCGCUAAUACGAGCACCCCUAAGCCUGCUCAGUCCACUUCUGGAAGCAGUGGACUUGACGAUUUGUUGGGAUGA